GGCUCAAGGCUCGCGCACGCGCACUACCGCCUACCUGCGCCUGGGCCGCCGGUGACCUGGGCCGGGUCCGCCCGGUCGGCUAAGGUUGCUGAGGAGGCGGCGGGUAGCUGGCGGGCGCCGACUUCCGAAGGCCGCCGUCGGGGCGAGGUGUCCUCAUGACUUCUCUUGUGGACCAUGUCCAUGAUCUUUUUUGCCUGUGUGGUACGGGUAAGGGAUGGACUGCCCCUCUCAGCCUCUACUGAUUUUUACCACACCCAAGAUUUUUUGGAAUGGAGGAGACGGCUCAAGAGUUUAGCCUUGCGACUGGCUCAAUAUCCAGGUCGAGGUUCUGCAGAAGGCCGUGACUUUAGUAUACAUUUUUCUUCUUUCGGGGACGUGGCCUGCAUGGCUAUCUGCUCCUGCCAGUGUCCAGCAACCAUGGCCUUCUGCUUCCUGGAGACCCUGUGGUGGGAAUUCACGGCUUCCUAUGACACCACCUGCAUUGGCCUAGCCUCCAGGCCAUACGCUUUUCUUGAGUUUGACAACAUCAUUCAGAAAGUGAAGUGGCAUUUUAACUAUGUAAGUUCCUCUCAGAUGGAGAGCAGCUUGAAGAAAAUUCAGGAGGAGCUCAAGUUGCAGCCUCCAGUGGUUCUCACUCUGGAGGACACAGAUGUGGCAAAUGGGGUGAUGAAUGGUCACACACCGAUGCGCUUGGAGCCUGCUCCUAAUUUCCGAAUGGAACCAGUGACAGCCCUGGGUAUCCUCUCCCUCAUUCUCAACAUCAUGUGUGCUGCCCUGAAUCUCAUUCGUGGAGUUCACCUUGCAGAACAUUCUUUACAGGUUGCCCAUGAGGAAAUUGGAAACGUUCUGGCUUUUCUUGUUCCUUUUGUAGCCUGCAUUUUCCAGUGUUAUUUGUACCUGUUCUACAGUCCAGCCAGGACUAUGAAGGUGGUGCUGAUGCUGCUCUUUAUUUGCCUGGGCAACAUGUACCUGCACGGGCUGAGGAACCUCUGGCAAAUCCUUUUCCACAUAGGAGUGGCUUUUCUGUCUUCAUAUCAGAUACUAACAAGGCAGCUUCAGGAGAAGCAGUCUGACUAUGGAGUAUGAGGAUGACACUGUGAUGAAUGGAUUCUUUGAUUUUCUUUUGAGGAUCAGUCUAUGUUUCUCUUUCUGCUUCUCUACUUUACACUCCAGUUCCCAUCCUUUUCAGCCAACUGGCCUGAAAAACCAGGAAUUGGGGAUGUUAAACAGUUGCAGUGGAAGUCAUGAAGUUGCUUGAUACCCAGCCUUGGUUCUGUGCCGAGCAUUAUUGCAGGAUCUCCAGUUCAGCACGUUUACUUAGGACAGCUGGAUCUGGGGGCUCAUCCAGAAAGAGCUUUAUUGGGAGAGAGAAAGGAAAUAUUUUGGUCUUUUAAGUUCAAUGAUACAGUAAACCACUUGAUUCAAUAACACUGGCUUUAUUAAUUGGCAGUUGUCUCCAAGGAACCACUUUAAAUCCAAAUCAGCUUUCGUCUAAAUAUAACUUGGUUCAUUUUUUUUUUUUUCCAGUGGGUCAGUAAAGGAUGAAUUAAAAACCUAAAAAUAUGGUUCUUAAAUAUAAGCUAGAUAAAUUUUGUUUACAUUUUUUCAGUAUCUUAGGUUUGAUAUACCUUUGGAAUGUUUAAAUAUAUUUUGGAUAUAAAUUGGACUUCAUUUAGGGUGAGGGCAAACUUAAGCUGAGAAAAUGGUUAAGAAAUCUGAGUUAAUUUAUAUGUAACCUUUUAUGGUGGUGGCACUGUGUGGGUACAGAAAUGUUUUAUUUAUUUGCGGGGUAUAUCUGAAUAUUUUAAAAAUUAAUUGAAUAACCGGUACUACUAGAUGAUAAGUUUAUCGGCAUGAGCAGAAAUGAGAAUUUCAGGAUUACUUACAAUUGACCACAACCUGGAGUAGGUAAAUGAACAUGGAUUCAGUGGCACCUUACAGAUCCGCUUGGGAGAGGCUGCUGUCAUCAGCCUUUUCAGUAGAGCUGAGUGCCUGUUAUUUUAAUGAUGAUGACUGCUGUACCCUGUGUACCUGUUUGCAGAGCACCUCCAAAAUUAAUUCCUCCUCUGUACCUUUCCCAGUCAUCUUAAUUAGCUUGAGGGCCUAAUUUUUUAUGAACAAGAGUUAAGUAGCUGUUAACUUUUUAAAGCUUGAUAGAGAUACAACACAUACUCUGGAAAGUUACUGUCUUUCAUUGUCAAAAAAUUGCUUGAUCACAGUUUUCCAGAAUAUGGUUCUGCAUAAGAUCCCUUAGGUCUCCCAAAAUUUCAGCCUGGCUUGUUUAGUACCACUCAGGAGGCCAUUUUGGGAGUUUGUUCUUUGGAUUGUUCUUGGUAGAAGUCUGGAAUCUGAAUAGUUCAACCACAGUUGCACGGAACGCUUUGAGUGUUCAACUGCAUUAUGUGGUCUUGAUAAAUUUUUAAAAAUCCUAUUUUGAUAGUUUUUAAAAGUGGAAAACCAUUACAAGAGUUGAGUAGAUAGGGAAUGUAAGAAUGUAGUUUUAGAAAAUUCAGUUAUAUUUGGUUAUCAUUGGUAUUAUAUUGUUACUGAGCUACCUUGUUAUCAUUUUAAGAAAGAUAAGUUUAUAUACUGGGAACUAUGUUGGGAAAAUGUUGCCAUAGUAACUUUAUUUUUUAUAAUAGAAUUUUCUAUUUUUGACCAAACAUAAAAUAUCUGGAUAUGGGCCAGGCAUGAUGGCCCACACCUGUAUUCCCAGCACUUUGGAAAGCCAAAACAGGAGAAUCGGUUGAGGCCAGUAGUUUGAGACCAGCCUGGACAACAUAGUAAGAUUCGUCUCUACAAAAAAAAAAAAAAAAAAAAAAACUUGCCAGAUGUGAUGGCACAUGCCUGUAAUCCCAGCACUUUGGGAGGCUGAGGCAGGAGGAUCCCUUGAGUCCAGGAGUUUGAGGCUUCAAUGAGCUAUAAUCAUACCACUGCACCCCAGCCUGCAUGACAGAGUAAAACCCUGUCUCUAAAAAAUCUGAAUAUGAAAAUUAUAUUGGCAACAUACUCAGACAUAAACUCCAAAGUUGUCUGUCCGCUGAUUUCACAUCUGCAUAAUUUUCUGCAUACCCAGCAGGUGAAUUUUCAGUUUUUCUGGGAGACAAUUUUGAAGAGAUGGUGAAAUAGAAUGGGAAUUUAAGGAGGGGAGGUAAAUUGUUUUAAAUGAGAAGAACAAAAACGUUUUAAAAGUCAAUAAGAACACUUUGGGAGGCCGAGGUGGGCGCAUCACAAGGUCAAGAGAUCGAGACCAUCCUGGCCAACAUGGUGAAACCGCAGUCUCUACUAAAAAUACAAAAAUUAGCUAGGCACGGUGACGUGCGCCUGUAGCCCCAGCUACUCAGGAGGCUGAGGCAGGAGAAUCUCUUGAACCCAGGAGGUGGAGGUUGCAGUGAGCCAAGAUCGAGCCACUGCACUCCAGCCUGGCGACAAAGCAAGACUCCGUCUCAAAAAAAAAAGUCGGUGAGAACAGCUUGAAAAUAGACUGUUUUCUUUUUAAGCCUGUGUGGCAUUGGGUUGCCGUGUAGACCUGUACCCCGGGUGCUUUGGGCAUCUGAGCCUAUGAUCCAUAUUCAGUAGGCAGUAAAGAAACGGUCCUUGAAGAUGAGUCCUUCCUGGUAAUGCUUCCUGACCACCAAAGCACUACCAAAGAUGUUACCCACACCAGGUUGAAUGUGUGGAUAUCAGUUAACAUCCACAUGGGGUGAGAUUGACUUUUGCAAACAAAAGGGAAAAGAUGCAGUAGAAAAACAGUACAAGUAAUGACCACAAAAACAUUGUUUGACUGAAAUCCAGCUAGCUAAAAGAAUCCUCAGCUCACUGAAGGAAGAGACUGAUAAUAGGAAAGAAGUUCUGGUGAUUUCAUCCAAGGGAAAUCCCCAGGCUUAGGUUUGACUUGGUUCAGGGUUGGAGGUUUAUAUAGCCUCUUGUGUGAUCCUUGAUACCAGCAAACUGGUUCCAAAUCCCAGGAAUUAUCCUCACUCCACCAUGGACUCACUGUUGUUGUAGCACUUUUGUUUUCCCAGUAGUUAAAUGCUACCUGUGCAGCUGAUCUUACUGGGCUAGAUCUGGGAAUAGAUGAAAUAAUGUUGAAAACAAAACUUUAGAGGUGCCUUCUGGUAUCAGAUGCUGCAAGGCCUUGAGCAUCCAAGUAUGUUAAGUCCCAUCUACUGUAUCAGGGCCAGAGUGUGGCUCAGUGCUCUUAGGAAGGGUUUCUCAACCAAGGGGCCAGAGCCCAAAAGGUUUCGCCUUCCCUAAUAUCCUAAUGAAGGAAACAUGUAAAUCUGUUUUCCCCUGUUAGGCUAGCCUUAUUGUGAUGAGGACUGUACCUGGCUUUCCUUUUCCUGGGUGGAGACAGCUGGGGCAUAUUCAGGUGGCAUUCCCUCUCAGUACCAGAGGUCCCACUGCCUGCAGCUGGAGGCAUGUGACCAUAAGCUCCUGAUUUUGCUUUUUGGGCUUGCAUCCCUCUUUUCUGUGAACUCGAGAAUGCUGGAAUUAAAACAUGUAAGCAUUUUCAUUAAAUGAGCUUGAGCUCCUCUGUUCUUUUCUGGGUGCUCUUGUUCUCCAACUCUCCUGCCUCUUUCUACCUCUGCCCUAUACACUCCAGCUCUGGAGACAGAGGCUGAAACGAGUCUCUGGAGGGAUGAGAAAACCACCUUUAAUUGUAACGAAUGAGGUGGGUAGACGAGCUUCAGAGUGGGAGCAGAUUGCACUGAGGUUCAACUCUCCCACCCAUGCCUGGGAGUCAAGUCUUGGAGAGGAGUAACACUCUUGGUGGUCAGCACAGCUCAGAGUCAAAGACAACAGCCAGCAGGCCAGCAGCAAGGCUGGCUGUGUGAGGCACAGGAAGCAGGGCAUAGAUAGGGAGCAGAGCUAGGGGUUCUCUCUUUGCUGGAAGAUAGCAGCUGCCCCUUGGCAUAUGGGGGUUGCACACUGCACCUUGCAGCCAGGGCUGCCAUUUGCUGUUCUGUGAAGGAGUUGGCCUCAGUUUCCUCAUCUGGUAAAUGGUGAUAACAUCAGUCUGCUCCCCCAGGGUGCUGUUAUGAGGGUCAAAAGUGGUAGUGGAGGGGAAUACCGGGUGAAUCCACCAUGUGUGGGAGGAGAAAGGCUUUACAUUCACCUGGUACAUGAAGGUUUUUCUGCUUCAGGCAGCACAGCACAGCCAUUUCCUCUGGCCUUUACAAAAAGGCAUUUUGUUAUACUACAGUGUAAACAACCUCAAUUUUUCACUUCAAAAGGUAUCAGCCCCUUUUCUUCCCACCCUGGACCUGCCUUUCACCCCCUGGGCACAGAGCGCAUGGUACUAUUGGUGUUUGGUUUAUUCCAGGAUCCAGGGAACUGGUUCUGCUGGUUGGACCAAACCUCAUGAGCCAGCCACCCCUGACCCAAAUGAGGAGAGCUCUGAUUCUCCCAUCUGGGAGCAGUGAUGUCAAACUUCUGUUGCUGGGGAAAUCUCAUCAGCAGGGAGCCUGUGGAAAAGGGCUUGUCAGUAAAAUCUGGGAAUGGCUGGAUAUGGAAACAUCUGCCCAUGUGUGCUGAUGGCAGAGCUGUUGCCCACAAGCGCCUUUUGUUUAGGGUAAAAUUAACAAACCCAUUCUGUUCCUCCGACCCAUGCUUGGUACAUAUAACCUUCUUUAACCCUUACAUUUAUAUGAUUCUGGGGUUGCUUCAGAAGUAUUAUUUCAUGAAUCAUUCAUAUGAUUUGAUCCCCCAGGAUUCUAUUUUGUUUAAUGGGCUUUUCUAUUAAGAGCAUAAAAUACUGAGGCUGAUUUAGUCAGGGCAAAACCAUUUACAUAUUCAUUUUAAAUACUUGCUGUUCGUGUUACACAAGCUUCUUACGGUUUUCUUGUAACAAUAAAUAUUUUGAGUAAAUAAUUGGUACAUUUUAACAAACUCAUAGUAGUACAACCUAAACUUGUAUGAAAGUAUGUAAAAAUGUUGUAUAGCCAUUUAUAUCCUAUGUGUACAUAAAUGAGGUGGCUUUAGAAAGGGCAGAAUAAAUCUAAAGUGUUUAUUAA